UUUUCUGUAAAAAAAAAAAAAAAAAAAAAAAAAAAAAUGGCCAUCUCAAUCGCUCACACUACUCUCCUCUCCAGAACCUCACUCUUUCUCUCUAGAAAUAGCAGAAGCCUCGCCUUUUGCAUUCCUUUCUCUACUUCUUCUUCUUCUGCUGCUUCUUCUUCUCUUCCUUCUGAUAAGCUUCACCGCAACAAAUGGAGGUCACCGGUGGCCUCUGUGCUCGAACUUGGCGGAGUCAAGAUUGGUCGAGAAGAUGUGAUGAGGGAUGACCCUACAAACAAUGUCCCGGAUACAAUUUUCUCAAAACUUGGAAUGCAACUUCAUAGGAGGGAUCAGCACCCGAUUGGGAUUCUGAAGAAUGCUAUAUAUGAGUACUUUGACACCAGUUAUCCUAACAAGUUUGAUAAAUUCGAUGAUCUCUGUCCAAUUGUAACCGUGAAACAGAAUUUUGAUGAUGUCUUGGUUCCUGCUGAUCAUGUAAGCAGGAGUUAUAAUGAUACAUACUAUAUUGAUGCUCAAUCUGUUUUGAGGUGUCAUACAAGUGCUCAUCAGGCAGAGUUAUUGAGAAGAGGACACACUCAUUUUCUUGUUACAGGAGAUGUAUACCGCAGGGAUUCCAUUGACUCGACUCAUUACCCUGUGUUUCAUCAGAUGGAAGGUGUACGUGUGUUUUCACCAGAUGAUUGGGAGGCAUCUGGUGUAGAUGCCACAUCUUAUGCAGCUGAGGACUUGAAGAAAUGUCUUGAGGGCUUGGCAAAUCACCUAUUUGGUGCUGUGGAAAUGCGCUGGAUUGAUACUUAUUUUCCAUUCACCAAUCCAUCAUUUGAACUUGAGAUAUAUUUUCAGGAGAAAUGGUUGGAGGUUCUGGGUUGUGGUGUGACAGAGCAAGAAAUAUUAAAGAGAAGUGGCAAAACGAAUAAUGUUGCCUGGGCAUUUGGUCUUGGAUUAGAGCGGUUAGCAAUGGUUCUUUUUGACAUACCAGAUAUUCGGCUUUUCUGGUCAAACGAUGAGCGAUUCACCUCACAGUUUUCCAAGGGUCAGCUGGGAGUCAAAUUCAAGCCAUUUUCAAAGUAUCCUCCUUGUUACAAAGAUAUAAGUUUUUGGAUCAAUGAAUCAUUCACUGAAAACAACUUAUGUGAAGUUGUGAGAGGAAUUGCUGGAGAUCUUGCUGAGGAGUAACUUUAUGCAUUGUGAUUUGCUGCUUGAGGGGAGGGUGUGCCUGGAGGCCCUGGACAUUCAGUGGAAAUGAAUACAUUUAAUUAAGUGUUUCUUUUUCUGAUCUUUAUAUAUAAGUUAUGUUGCAGAAAUAAACUGCUUUUGAUUUUAUGUAUUGAUAUCAUUGUUUACAAUCAAUUUUAUAUUGUUUUUACCUUAUUGCUCCCUUAUAAGCAACAGAUUUGUGCACUAUUAUGUGAUGAACGACAAAAUAAAAAUAUGUGCAUCUAAUCAUGCUUAGACUAUGUCAACUAGUAGAAAGGGUCAUUAAGUGAUUUUGAAGACUGAGGUAAUGAUCAUGCUUGAUGUGAUCUGAAGCUUGGUUCUGAACUUUUCUGGUUGUAUGUCUAUCUUGUCUUCAUCGUCAUCGUUGUUGUAAGCUUCUUGUUGUUGUUGUCGUUUGCUUGGUAGAAUUUACUGAGACACUCCAGGGCAUAUGAACUGAGUUCUGACUGUGGUCAUCGCUGUAUAUUUAUGGGGGCUGGAGGUCUCAUUUUGCACUUUUUUAACUUCCAAGAAAUGAUUCACCUUUCUCAUACCUUUAGGCAGUUCUAUAAAGUCCUUCCUUGGGUCAGUAGGCUUCAAUACUCAACUUUUGGCAGCAUGGAGUGGUUGAAUAAAUCUCUAGCAGCUUUGUUUAGGGUAUUAAAUUAGUCACUAACACUGGCAAAUGUUUGUUUGGUAGAUGGUGAGAAGUUCAGCAAGGUAUGUUGUCAGUGCAUUACAAGUCGCUUUAUCAUUAUUGCUACUUAAUAAAUCAUUUUAUGCAUGUGAAGGAUUUGAGAGUGAUUGCUUGAAAUAGAUUAGAGAAUAUCUUUCAUGGUUACCUAUGUGAGGUUUGUCUUUCUUACCAAUGAAGACUUUAGGACCUGAUAUGGUUCAUCUAAAGGCACUUUAAGAAAUUUAUCUAAUACUUAAUUUGAGGGGGAAUAUUUGAUCUAUGGGCUCCAGCGUGGGUAAAAUAGGUAACCUACCUAAAAUUGGUGAGAAAGUAUUUAGGUCAAAACAAAUCAUAUAGGAUUGAAUUGAAGGAUUGUAAGAUUUUAUAGACUAUUAUUGGGAUUUAACUUGGACAAUUUGCUGAUGAUACUUCAUAGGGAUAAGUAAGAGAAGGACAUUUCUCUCAGAUGAACCUUACUAUGUUUCGAAACAAUUUCGGGCUUAAAUUUGAAUUUUGCUAAGAGUGAACUGGUUCCAGUUGAGGAAGUGCAGGCUGUGGUAGAGCUAACACAUGUAGUUGGUUGUAAGGUCAGUAAAUUUAUUGCUUUACAUUUUCUUCUUAGGCUCUGCCUCUUGGUCUGUGUUAUGAGUAAAUUUCCAUGAGAUGUGUUAUUGGAGAAAGACAGAAAGAAGGUUGAUGGGAUGGAAAGAAAAUUGUACGUUUCUAAAGGAAAUUAUGAGUACUCUUUCCUGUCUACCAACCUAUUAUGUCAAUAUUUCCCAUGCUUGUAAGUGUUACUAGAAGGCUUGAGAAAUUACAAAGAGAAAUUUUAAGGGGGCUUAGGAAAUAAAGUACCUUUUUGUAAAUUGGGAGACUGUUUGUUCCCCAUUUAGGAAAGCUUGGUGUUUUUAACAGCUUUAUUGAAAAUGGUUAUGGAAAAAAAAAUGCUAUGAAGAGGGAUCUUCUUUGCAGAAUGGUGGUAGGGGCUGAAUACAGGGAGUGUAUUGGGGAUCUUAUUGCAGUUGCUUUGAUUGUUUAUCUUCAUUUUGGGAUUUAUUGGGUAAUGCCAGAGUGGGUGGUGGGUUUAUUGUGGUGUAUGAAAAAUUGUUUUUUAGUAGGCAUGGAAGUAGCAUUUUUUGGAUUGGUAAGUCUGUAAGAGGGAUCCAGAUCCAAGAAUCUAAACUAUAAUUCUGUUGGGAUUUUUAUUAUUGAAGUUGAUCCAUAGGAUCAUAAAAUUGUAGGAUUUAAAGACCUAACAAUGAUCAGCAGAGUAAAAGCAUAGUCCCUUCAUAUUUGACUAAAAGGAUACUCCCAUCAUCCUAGAAGCAAUGUCCUAUGCCAUUUUUCAUUCUGUCCCAAAAUCUUUCUGAAAGUAUAUAGCGUCUUUCUGUUAUCUCUCAUUUUGAGUUAAAGCAAAGGGUCGCAUUGUAGAAUAAUUAGAGCUGAAUAUUUACAUGUCAAGUGCAGUUCCCUUUCAAUGUGGAGAUAUUUGAAAAGAACUUCAUGCGUUAUUUAACAUGUUCGCAAGCACAUGUACAUACUGUGGAUGUUUUUGUUUACUUUUUUUUUUUGGACUAUAUUUAGUGAGUCAUUACAAAAAAGAUUGUUUUUAUGAUCAAUGGUGAUAUGUUAUUAGACAACCUAAUAUAGAUAGCCUUAAAUUGGGAUCUAGACUUUCUUCUCAAGCAUGUUACAGCUAUACAUAUUCAUAGCUGCACUUUUAGUGUCAUCACCUUCUAUAACAAGAAUGGGUAAUUCUCAAUUCUGAAUUUUCAUUAUUGGAGGCGAGCCAUGUUAGUUCUACAAGCCCCCAAAUAACAACUGCAAAUACCUUAAAAGUCUUGCUAAGGUUCUUUGAGCUCAUCCAUGUUGAAUGGUUGACCAUGAAAGUGUCAGCAGGAUCGUGGGCAAGUUAAGAUUUAUUUUGUGUAUGGUUUUCUAUGUCCUACUUUUUGAGAUUGGUAAAUAUCAUGAUUUCAUUAGACUUUCAACGUUGUUAUCAAAUGUUACUACAGAACCUGGCUUGAGUUUGGUCUCUUAAGGAGGCAAUCCUAUAUCUCACCAAUAUGUCUUCUCACCCAAAACUGAAUUUUGCCAAUGACGCUAGUCUAAAAUUGAACUUUGUGACUCUUAGGUGUUACUGAUAGACAAUUUCACCAACAAGAAGGGAAUGACCAGUCAUUGUUAUAGGAUUGCAUAUCGAUCGAUGGAACGU